AUGGGUCGACGGUCCAAAGGGACGGGCGCGGUGGCGCGGAAAACGUCCGUGUGGUCGUGCGCGCUCUCCACCGCGGAGGAUGGGAGCGAUGAUGAGAAUGAUGCGGAUGACGUCGAGCGCGCGGCGGUGGAGCGCGCGGCGAGGGAGCUGAGAGGGAAGUUGUUGGAGGAAAUCGUGCGCGGCGCGCGUAAGCGCGGCGAAGGCGAGGCAAAGGCAAAGGCGAAGUACGAGGACGUGUUGGACGACGAACGGGUCGAUGGGUUCGGCGAGGCGGUUUUGAAGCUUCACGACGGCGAUGCGGCGGGCGAUGACGACGAGGCUGCGAUCGCGAGGAUGCGAGCCGCGGCAUCCUUUGUGCUCGGCUUUUGCGCAGAAAUUUUGCAGCCGGCAAACUGCGAGAGCGCGGCCAUGAUGCCACCGCUCGGAACGCACGUCAUACGGCGGAAAAAGUUUGACGACGAGAAGAGCGUGUACUUCCAGGAGCAGUGCUCGUACGAUUACGACGAAACGCGCACGGCGGAUCAUUUCAUGGAUUACGGAGUGCAGAAAGUGCACGCGAGCGCAAAGGUACAAAUUGUGCCUCGCGUCUCCAUGUCCGGUUCAAUCAUCACCGUGAAUCUCGAGCGACCGAAACGUUUGAAUGUCAGUGAAUCAUUCAGUAUUCGAGAGGGAUGUUUCGUGGAGUUUCGUGGGUGUUCUGGGCAUCCAGACUAUUUGUCAAAACGCGUCGAAACGAGCGCCGCCGAUGACGGCGAAAUUUUCGAAUUCACACUUCCUUCCAUUCAAAUUUCAGGUCUCGCUCGAGGAUAUCCGAUCGCCGAGCUUGUUGGUGAGGUUAUGAUAUCAUCCAAGGCGUCUGGAUUGAAGACGUCGUUAAAAUUCCGCGAAUUCGAUGUGGAAACGUCGCCAAGUUUUAGAAACAUAGUCUCCGGAUCGAUCGUUCGCAGCUCGGACGACGUCGAGGUCAAACGUUUACUUCUCGGUACCUGGGACACUCGUGUUCUACUGGGGAAUAUCUUUUCGAGAGAAAAUGGUGCACCGGACGAGGCGCUGUUCACCGCGCACGAUUUCGGACUACCUCCGCUCACGACGGCGACUGGCGUGAGAAGCCUGCUGUCGAGUUUGCAGAAGCCAGGAUCGAUGUCGAAUAGAAGGCUUUGGCAGACGAUCGUGGAGGCCCUGCGCUUUGCUCCGUUGCGUGAACCCGAAAAUUCAGUGAUGAGUGAAGCUCUAUCUUUGCCCUCGAUGGCGACGAUCGAGAUGCGAGACGAGGACAAGUCGAUGGGAUACGAGCUCGCUUUAAUGGUCGCGGACUCGCCUCUGCCCGACGCCGAACCGCCUCUGCCGCGAUAUUGGUUUCCGAGGACGAAAAAAAGCGGAAAACAAUUAAAAAAAGAAUGUGAGUAA